GUCCUCCGUUUGCCACCACUUCGCUUUCCUGUCUGUUUUAUUCUCAGUGUGAAUGAGUUUGCGGCUUCACGGGAGCGCUGUAAUGUGAAAAGCCGCAUUUGCACUAUUAGUACUCUCACACUAGAAAGAAAAGCACGAGAGCACGUUUCAUUUCUCUUCACAUCUCUAGUCAUAUCCUGAGAGUGGAUUAACACAUUCAAGUGCUACAACCAUGUCCAGGCCAGCGGGAGGCAGUGUUAAUGAUAUCACCCGCUUCCUGUCCACGGGGGCGGGGCCUGGGUCACCAACCUCAGGGUUCUCCGCCUCCAGCCAAGCUGAUUGGGCGGCUAAGAGACUCAUAUGGGUGCCUUCAGAGAAAAAUGGGUUUGAGUCUGCAAGCGUGCGCGAGGAGCGAGGCGACGAGGUGGAGGUGGAGCUUACAGACAGUGGGAAGAAGUUGACGCUUUCGAGGGAGGAGCUCCAGCGGAUGAACCCGCCUCGAUUCAGUAAAGUUGAAGACAUGGCCGAUCUCACGUGCCUCAAUGAGGCCUCUGUCUUACACAACCUACGAGAGAGAUCCUAUUCAGGACUCAUAUAUACAUACUCCGGCCUGUUUUGUGUGGUGAUCAAUCCCUAUAAGAACCUGCCCAUCUAUACAGAAUCCAUCAUAGAGAUGUAUCGUGGGAAGAAACGGCACGAGAUGCCUCCACAUAUCUAUGCCAUAUCGGAGGCGGCCUACAGGAGCAUGCUGCAAGACAGAGAAGAUCAGUCCAUCCUGUGCACAGGGGAAUCUGGUGCAGGAAAGACGGAGAACACAAAAAAAGUGAUUCAGUAUCUGGCACAUGUGGCGUCCUCACACAAGUCUGGCACUCUGGGUCGUCCCAAAGACAGCGCCCUACAGAUGGAUGGUACGCGCUCUCUGGGUCGUGGCAGUAGCGCUGUGAACAGGACUGUGCAGUAUGGGGAACUGGAGAGACAGUUACUGCAAGCAAACCCCAUUCUUGAGGCCUUCGGCAAUGCCAAAACCGUCAAAAAUGACAACUCUUCCAGAUUUGGCAAAUUCAUCAGAAUCAAUUUUGAUGUUGCUGGAUAUAUUGUUGGUGCUAAUAUUGAGACCUAUUUGCUGGAGAAGUCCCGAGCCAUUCGUCAGGCUAAAGACGAGCGAACCUUCCAUAUCUUCUACCAGCUCCUCUCUGGAGCUUCUGAGGCCAUGAGAAAGGAGCUUCUGCUGGGCAGUGCAGAUCAGUACCGCUUCCUCUGCGGGGGGUCACUUCCUGUUUCGGGUCAGAGUGAUUCAGAAAACUUUACUCAGACAAUGGACUCAGUGACUAUCAUGGGCUUCACCCAGGAAGAAUCCACAUCUAUGUUAAAGGUGAUCUCUGCAGUGCUGCAGUUUGGGAACAUCACGUUUCACAAAGAGAAGAACACAGAUCAGGCCUCAAUGCCGGAUGACACAGCAGCGCAGAAACUCUGCCACCUGCUGGGCAUCAGUGUUCUGGAGUUCAGCCGAGCCAUUCUCACACCCCGCAUUAAAGUGGGCCGCGAGUACGUCCAGAAGGCCCAGACCAAGCAGCAGGCUGAUUUUGCAGUGGAGGCCUUGGCGAAGGCCACAUAUGAGCGUCUUUUCCGCUGGCUGGUGCACCGGAUCAACAGAGCCCUGGACCGCAGACAGCGUCAGGGGGCCUCGUUCAUCGGGAUCCUGGACAUCGCUGGAUUUGAGAUCUUCCAGCUGAACUCAUUCGAGCAGUUAUGUAUCAACUACACUAACGAGAAACUACAGCAGCUGUUCAAUCACACCAUGUUUGUACUGGAGCAAGAGGAGUACCAGCGAGAGGGCAUCGAGUGGAGCUUCAUCGACUUCGGUCUGGAUCUUCAGCCCUGUAUCGACCUCAUUGAGAGACCGGCUCAUCCUCCUGGCAUCCUGGCAUUGUUGGAUGAGGAGUGUUGGUUUCCGAGGGCAACUGAUCGCUCAUUUGUAGACAAGCUGUCAGCUGAGCAGGGUUCACACUCGAAGUUCAUGCGGCCGCGGCAGCUUAAAGAAGAGGCCGACUUCUCCGUUCUACACUAUGCUGGCAAGGUGGACUAUAAGGCAGAUGAGUGGCUGAUAAAGAACAUGGAUCCAUUGAAUGAUAAUGUUGCAUCUCUCCUGCAUCAGUCAUCUGAUCCCUUCAUCUCUGAGCUGUGGAGGGAGGAUAUUCAAACUCUUCCUCGCGUGUACUUUUUUGACUCUUAUGCCACACUGCAAACCAAUGGCACUGACAGCACAUCAGAUUGUGAUGUGAUGUUGGAGAGGAUUGUGGGUCUGGAUCAGGUGUCAUCUGGUGAGAGCAGUGGACCGGUGAAUUUUGGGGCCGCUGGGCUCAAGACGAAGAAGGGCAUGUUUCGCACAGUGGGACAGCUCUACAAAGAGUCCCUCACUAAACUGAUGGCCACCCUCCGCAACACCAACCCCAACUUCCUGCGCUGCAUCAUCCCUAACCAUGAGAAAAGGGCAGGGAAAUUGAGUCCUCAUUUGGUUCUGGAUCAGCUAAGGUGUAAUGGGGUGCUGGAGGGAAUCAGAAUCUGCAGACAGGGCUUCCCGAACCGCAUCCCAUUCCAGGAGUUCAGACAGAGGUAUGAGAUCUUGACUCCAAAUGCUAUUCCUCGAACCUUUAUGGAUGGCAAACAGGCGUGUGAGCUAAUGAUCAAUGCUUUGGAGCUGGACAAGAACCUUUUCCGGGUGGGACAGAGCAAGGUGUUCUUCCGGGCUGGAGUUUUGGCUCACCUGGAGGAAGAACGAGACUUGAAGAUCACUGACACUAUCAUCCACUUCCAGAGCGUGGCCCGUGGAUAUCUUGCCAGGAGGGCAUUCCAUAAGAAGCAGCAGCAGCUCAGCGCUCUGCGUGUGAUGCAGAGGAACUGUGCUGCGUACCUGAAGCUCAGAAACUGGCAGUGGUGGAGACUCUUCACCAAGGUGAAGCCCUUGCUGCAGGUGACCCGCCAGGAUGAAGAGAUUCAAGCUCGGGAAGCACAGCUUCAGAAAGCCAAAGACAAUCUGAGUAAACUAGAGCAUGACUUUUCUGAACUGGACAGAAAAAACCAACAGCUGAUGGAGGAGAAGUCAGUGCUGACUGACCAGCUGCAGGCGGAGGCAGAGUUAUUCGCAGAGGCAGAGGAAAUGAGAGCGCGGCUGGCCAGUCGCAAACAGGAGCUUGAAGAUGUGUUGGGGGAGCUUGAGAGCCGAUUGGAGGAGGAAGAGGAGAGGACCCUUCAGCUGACCAAUGAGAAGAAGCGAAUGCAGCAAAUUGUGCAGGAUCUGGAGGAACAGCUCGACGAGGAAGAGGGAACACGUCAGCGCCUCCAGCUGGAGAAAGUCACCCUGGAGAGCAAAGUGAAGAGUCUGGAGGCUGAGAUGCUGACUGUGGGAGAGCAGAGAGACAGAUUAAGCAAGGAGAAAAAACAGCUGGAAGAGAGACUGAAUGAAGUGACAGAUCAACUCACAGAAGAAGAGGAGAAGGUGAAGAGUCUUAACAAGCUGAAAAACAAACAGGAAGCUGUCAUUGCUGAUUUAGAAGAGCGCCUGAAGAGGGAAGAGCAGGGCCGUCUGGAACAGGAGAAGUGGAAGAGGCGGAUGGAAGGAGAGGCGGUGGAGGCCCAAGAGCAGCUGUCUGACCAGAGCUUACUCGUCACUGAGCUGAGAGGCAGCCUGAGCCAAAGAGAGAAAGAGAUCACCACACUACAGACACGGCUGGAGGAAGAGGGGGCACGUCGUGCAGAGGCUCAGAGAGCCCUGAGAGAGGCCAUGUCUCAGGUCUCUGAGCUUAAAGAAGAGGUGGACAAUGAAAAAGGAAUGAGGGAGAGAGCUGAGAAACAGAGGAGAGAUCUGGGAGAGGAGUUAGAGGCGUUGAGGACUGAACUAGAAGAUACAUUGGACACCACAGCUGCUCAGCAAGAGCUCAGGUCUCGACGUGAGGCUGAAUUAGGAGAGCUUCAGAGAUGUUUGGAGGAGGAGACCCGUCGUCAUGAAGCCCAGCUGUCGGAGCUCCGCAUCAAACACACCGCUGCUAUAGACUCCCUACAGGAGCAGCUGGAUAACGCCAAGAGAUCCCGUCAGUCUCUGGAGAAGGCGAAGGCCGUUCUGGAGGAGGAGCGCAUGAACCUGAGUGCUGAGCUGAAGACUUUACAGGGAGGGAAGAUGGAGAGCGAGAGGGGCAGAAAGCGAGCAGAGGGACAGUUACAGGAACUCAACGCACGCCUCGCACAGGCUGAGAGAGAAAGAGAGGAGCGAGAGGAGCGACUCAGUAAACUCCAGUCGGAGCUCGAGUCUCUGUCCAGUUCUCUGUCCUCAUCUGAGUCCAAAUCUCACCGCCUAAGUAAGGAGGUCAGCAGUCUGGAGAGCCAACUACAUGAUGUGCAGGAACUACUGCAGGAAGAGACACGGCAGAAGUUGGCGCUGGGCUCACGUGUGCGUGCUCUAGAGGAAGAAAAAGCUGGAUUGAUGGAGAGACUAGAGGAGGAGGAGGAGAAGACCAGAGAACUUACACGCCAGAUUCAGAACCACACACAACAGCUGUCUGAUCUAAAGAGGCAGACAGAGGAAGUGAAUUCAGCUGUGGAGGUCGGGGAGGAGGCCAGGAGGAAGAUGCAGAGAGAGCUGGAGAAUGCCAUACAGAGAGAGAGAGCCAAAGAAGAAGAGAAAGAACGCAUAGAGAGACAGAAAGAACGGCUGAGAGAAGAGAUAGAGGACAUGACAAUUGCUUUGCAGAGAGAAAGACAGAACUGCACUGCUCUGGAGAAACGACAGAAGAAAUUUGAUCAGUGUUUGGCAGAGGAGAAAGCAGUUAGUGCUCGGCUGCUGGAGGAACGGGACCGUGCAGAAGCAGAGAGUCGAGAGAAGGAGACACGUUUCCUGUCUCUCUCAAGGGCAUUGCAGGAAGCAACAGAGCAGAGAGAUGAGCUGGAGAGAACCAAUAAGCAGCUCCGUCUGGAGAUGGAGCAGCUCGUCAAUGCCCAAGAUGACGUGGGCAAAAAUGUUCAUGAGCUAGAACGUUCUCGACGGGCUUUGGAAACAGAAGCCCAGUCUCUGAAAGAGCAGACCCAGGAGCUGGAGGAUGAGCUGGCAGAAGCCGAGAAUGCUCGCCUCAGACUGGAAGUCACCCUUCAGGCUCUUAGAGCUCAGUUUGAGAGAGAGAUUAGCACUAAAGAGGAGAAAGGGGAAGAAAAGAGGAGAGCACUCAACAAACAGGUGCGAGAACUUGAAACAAUGCUUGAAGAGGAGAAGACUCAGAGAGCUCAGGCUUUGACUGUCAAAAAACAACUGGAGACAGAGCUGCAGGAGGCGGAGGCUCAGGUGGAAGCAGCCAAUCGGGGUAGAGAGGAAGCACUAAGACAGAUGAAACGUCUCCAGACUCAGAUGAAGGAGCUUAUUCGUGAGCUUGAUGAGACCAAGUUGGCUCGAGACGAGAUUGUUGCCCAGUCAAAGGACAGCGAGAAACGGCUGCAAACGCUGGAAGCAGAACUAUUACAGCUGACAGAGGAGCUGGCUGUUUCUGAGAGGCAGCGGAGACAGGCCCAACAGGAGAGAGACGAACUGGCAGAUGAAAUUGUCAACAGUACAACUGGAAAAUCUGCACUGUUGGAAGAGAAGAGGCGUCUUGAUGCCAGAAUCACUCAGCUGGAGGAAGAGUUGGAGGAGGAACAAAGUAAUGCUGAACUACUAGCCGAGAGGCAGAGGAAGAGCACCUUACAGGUUGAGACACUUACAGUUCAGAUAUCUGGAGAGAGGACGCUGGCACAGAAGAGCGAGAGCGCACGAGAGACUCUGGAGAGGCAGAAUAAAGAGCUGAAAACUCGUCUCAGUGAGAUGGAGGGGGCUGUGAAGGGAAAACAUCGCCUCAGUGUCGCCGCCCUGGAGGCCAAGAUAGAAUCUGUGGAGGAACAACUGGAGCAGGAGAGACAGGAGCGAGCCAUGGCCAAUAAGCUUGUGAGGAAAACAGAGAAGAAACUGAAAGAAGUUCUGAUACAGGUGGAAGAUGAAAGGAGACAUGCAGAUCAGUAUAGAGAACAGUUGGAUAAAUCUAUGGGACGUCUCCGUCAGCUGAAGAGGCAGUUAGAGGAGGUGGAGGAAGAGAACUCUCGCUCCAACGCUCAACGCAGGAAGCUACAGCGAGAGCUGGAGGAAAUGAGCGACAGCAUGCAGAGCAUGAACCGCGAGCUCAACACUCUCCGUUCCCAACUCAGCGUCACAGAACGGCAGAAGUCAGAACAGCGAGCUCCGCUCCCUAUCUCCAUGCGUGCUGGCCGCAGGGCUCUGGUGGAUGACCUUUCUCAGGAGAACUCUGAUUCGGAGGAUCCAGGUGCUUCUCCCACCCCGUCCAGCGGCCCGCCGGGUACCCCCACACCCUCAGACAACACCCUGGGGCCCCCUCCUCCCUACAGCCUUACAGAGGCUGAAUAAGAAGGGGAGAGUGUGACAGAUGGACAGUUUUACUGGUUUUACUCACAUAGCUUUUGCAAUCGUA